UUCAAUAUAAUUUUUCAUUUCAAUUGCCUUUUCGCAAUAAUAAUUUACUUGAAAAUAAGUGAAAAAUUUUUUUUAAGUUUGGUUCAUUUUUUCACUUGAAAACUCUGAAUUCCGAAGAGUUGAGACAAAUGCAAGAAGUGAAAUCGAGUACAAUGCUUCAAGAGAGAUUGAAUAGUUUGUCGCUAAUGUCGAUAGGAUGUGAUAUGCUCGAAAAUAAAGAUUUUGAAAAUGUUAUUAACGAUUUUACUCAACUAAAAUCUAGAAGGGUACAUCUUCAAUCAGCAUAGAUACUUAUAUAUAUAAGAAUUAUAAGGACUAAUCGUGGAUGCUGGUUACUUAGUGUGGAUUACAUGAUAUAA